AUGAGCUUUCUCGCCUCAGCCCACGCCACGGAGACGCCCCUCCUGGGCACCACGCUCGGGUUUGGCACGCCGUUCAGCGCACAGCUGCUGUCCCGGGUCGGAUACCACUACCUGAUGAUCGACAUGGAGCACAACCCGCUCUCGUCCAGGGAGGCCGGUCUCCUGACCCAUGCCAUCGGGGCCGCGUCCGGGGGCAAGUGCAAGGCUCUCAUUCGGGUUCCGUCUCACGGGGUGGAAUGGAUCAAAUGGGCGCUGGACUGUGGCUCGGCCGGCAUCCUAAUCCCCAUGGUGCAGUCGGCGCACGAGAUGGAGCAGAUUGUGAAGAUGGCCGUCUAUCCGCCACGAGGCCAACGCAGCUUUGGGCCGGCCAUGGCGCCCUUCGCCAGCGUCGAUCCCAGCCAGACGGUGGCGCAGUACCUGAACGAGACCAGUAAAGACAUUGCCGUGAUUCCCAUGAUCGAGUCGAGCCAGGGGCUGGACAAGGCUGAGGAGAUCUGUGCCGUCGAUGGAGUCACCGCGGUCUUCGUUGGCCCCGCGGACCUGAGGCUUUCCAUGGGACUGGCGGGCGGAGACGGUUCAGAGAAGGUGUAUCUAGACGCGCUGCUGCAGCUGGUCGCCAUCUGUAAGCGGCUGGGCAAGCCGAUAGGCAUCUUCGCCGCGGACGAGGAGACCUGCCGGAAGAGAACGGCGGACGGGUUCGAUUUCAUUCUGGUAAGCAACGCCUCCGUGGUCCGUACAGCGGCUUGA